AUGGAAGUAGGUGGUGGCGUCCCAAUCUGCAGCAGUGACCGCGGAGGCAAAAAGGAAGUAACUCCACGUACAGACGAGUAUCCAACGGACGAUGCUGAGACGGAAAAAGCGAAAAUCGCCGAAGCACAAAAGAAACCGACCGAAAAGGCUCCUGCUAGUCCACUGGUUAAACAACCUAAGGAAGAGGUAAAGGCUGAGGUCAAGGAGACGAAGCCACCAUGUGCUGUAGCAAAACUGCAAGCGCAGUUGAGAGAGCUUGCGAAGGGGAAGCCUGCUGCUACUCCUGAAAGCAAACCUCAAAAAGCAGGAACGCCAAAGCAAAAAGCGGGCAGACGCGUGUCGGAUCCAAUUGUCACACCAGUUUCCGACGAGUACCCUACCGAAGACUUGCAUGGCGAUUGGAUAGCUCCAGCAGUAAUAGACACCCGAGACAAGGUGCAGCGCAAGGACAACUAUGAAAAAGGCGGCGAUGCUAACUCAAACAUUAUCUCGAAUCCAAUAAUCACUCCGCGCACGGAUGAAUACCCAACACCGACGGAUGAACCAGAGAAGAGUAUGCAGCUGGUACCACCCGAGCCGGAACCACGGGCAGUUUCUAAGGAAGCUGGCAAGAAGCCUGCAUCUAAAGGAGUGUCCAAGGAACCUGUACCGAAAAGUACACCAUCAAAAGGUCUAUCCAAGGAAUCUGUACCGAAAAGUACACCAUCCAAGGAAGCUCGAGCUGUCUCUCGUGAAGCAAAGUCCAAGGGGCCAGCAUCAAAAACGAAG